UGCGUCAUUCAUUCGACGACGACCCCGUGGUGCGUCGCCAUGGCAGCACCCAUGAUACGCGCCUGCUGCUCUGCUGCCAAUGCCCGGCCCACUCUUCCAUUCUGCUCCCCCACGCCGCCUCUGCGACCAUCUAAUCUGCUUUCGCAUUCUGGAAUUAGCGUGAAUUCAAGGAGGUCCUCCGUUUCAGUAGUGCGGCGAGGAGUAGGGUGGAGGGGAGUUUUACGAGGGGUUGCGGUGUCGGGUUUAGGGUCUUGGGCGUUGUCUGGGGUGGGGAGGAGGACGGUGAGCAUGGCGAGUAGCUUGGGGAAGUUGAAGAGGGAGGAGCUUCAGGUGUAUGACGAUGCCGAGCAGCUGAAUGCCAGCUUGGCUGCGCAUGUCGCGGAUGUAGCCAAGGCCGCGAUCGAGGCUCGUGGGUUGUUCUCUGUGGUCUUGUCUGGGGGUUCGCUCAUCAAAUCGUUGGGGAAGCUGUGUGAAUCACCGUAUCUGGAGUCAAUAGACUGGGCUAGGUGGCAUGUUUUCUGGGCAGAUGAGCGCGUGGUGAAGAAGGAUCAUCCUGACAGCAACUACAAGCUCGCGUGGGACGGACUUUUAUCUAAGGUGCCGAUUCCGCCGGGUCAACUGUACGCAAUCAACGACGCAUUGUCGACUGAAGCCGCUGCAGAAGAUUAUGAAACAUGCAUCAAGCAGCUGACGAAGACCGGGGUGGUUGGCACAGCCGAUGGCUAUCCACGGUUCGACCUCCUGCUUUUGGGUAUGGGACCAGACGGCCACUGCUGCUCUCUUUUCCCACAUCACCCACUCGUCCAGGUGAAGGACAAGUGGAUCGCCCCCAUCACCGACUCUCCAAAGCCGCCCCCCGAGAGGAUUACCUUCACAAUGCCAGUUGUCCAGGCUGCUGCAAAUAUCACCUUCGUGGCUAACGGCGAAGGAAAGGCCGAAAUGCUUGCCAAAAUUUUCGGAGAGGAGUUACCGUUGGGUGACCUUCCAUCCCAAAGCGCACGCCCCCUGAAUGGGAAGCUUAUUUGGUUUGUUGACAAACCUGCUGCGUCAAAGUUGUAGCAUAUAUAGCUCUUGUUGCUCAUACUUAUGUAAUUCUCAUCCGCCAUAGGGUUUUUAUGAAUGGACUCUAGGUGGCUUUUCUCAUGAUCUGUAGCCUAGCAUCUUAUGAAUGACUGGAUACGAUCAAAACACUUCUGUAAUAAAAACACGUACAUUCUACCUUUUGUA